AUGUCCGAAGAAUUCAUGAUCAAGCCGGAGUCCGUGCCUGCGCUGAGCAGCACGGCAGACUGGCCCCUCUUGUUGAAAAACUACGACAAGUUGCUUGUGCGUCUGGGUCACUACACCCCAAUCCCAGCAGGCUCCUCGCCUUUGAAGAGAGACUUGAAGUCGUAUGUUUCCAGUGGUGUCAUCAACUUGGACAAGCCAUCCAACCCCUCCUCGCACGAGGUUGUCGCCUGGAUCAAGCGUAUUUUGAGAGUGGAGAAAACCGGUCACUCCGGUACUUUGGACCCCAAGGUCACUGGUUGUUUGAUUGUCUGUGUGGACAGAGCUACUCGUUUGGUCAAGUCCCAGCAAGGUGCCGGUAAGGAGUAUGUGUGUAUUGUGCGUUUGCACGAGGAGCUCGAGGACGCCAAGGAGAUGGGCCGUGCUUUGGAGAACUUGACCGGUGCUCUUUUCCAGAGACCUCCUUUGAUUUCUGCUGUCAAGAGACAGUUGAGAGUGAGAACCAUCUACGACUCCAACUUGAUUGAGUUCGACAACAAGCGUGGUCUCGGUGUGUUCUGGGCCUCCUGUGAAGCCGGUACCUACAUGAGAACCUUGUGUGUCCACUUGGGUAUGUUGUUGGGUGUUGGAGGACACAUGCAAGAGUUGCGUCGUGUUAGAUCCGGAGCCAUGGACGAAAACGACAACUUGGUCACUUUGCACGACGUGAUGGACGCCCAGUACGUCUACGACAACACCAGAGACGAGUCCUACUUGCGUAAGAUCAUCCAGCCUUUGGAGACCUUGCUCGUGGGCUACAAGAGAGUCGUGGUCAAGGAUUCCGCCGUCAACUCUGUCUGUUACGGUGCCAAGUUGAUGAUUCCUGGUUUGUUGAGAUACGAGGACGGCAUUGAGUUGUACGACGAGGUUGUGCUCAUCACCACUAAGGGUGAGGCCAUUGCCAUUGGUAUUGCCCAGAUGACCACUGUGGACUUGCAGUCUUGUGACCACGGUGUUGUUGCCAAGGUCAAGAGAUGCAUCAUGGAGAGAGACACCUACCCAAGAAGAUGGGGUCUCGGUCCUGUUGCCCAGAAGAAGAAGCAGUUGAAGGCUGACGGCAAGUUGGACAAGUACGGUAGAGUCAACGACAACACUCCUGAGUCCUGGAAGGACGGCUACAAGGACCACGCCGAGGAGCCUGCUCCUCCUGUGCCUGAGUCCAAGAAGGCUGCUCCAGAAGUCCAGUUGCCCAAGAAGUCUGAGGCUGAGGAUGUGAAGAUGGAGUCUGAGGACGAGAAGAAGGAAAAGAAGGAAAAGAAGGACAAGAAGGAGAAGAAGGAGAAGAAAGAAAAGAAGGACAAGAAGGAGAAGAAAGAGAAGAAGGAGAAGAAGAGAAAGGCCGACGACGACGAGCCAGAGAAGAAGAAGAAGUCCAAGAAGUAA